UCUCUCACCGACGGCGCUCUGCUACUUAAAGGCGAGCGCAGCAAUCGACAGGAGUCGUACAGCACAGCUCGCCAACCGGCAGUGAACACCGCGGACAAAAUGAAGUUCCUACUAGCCUUUGCUGUAAUGACCGUUGCGCUGGCACUGCCAAGGACAAAACGGGCAGCGUACGAGCUGCCCGAUGGCGCAGAACUUCUGUUGGGUGGUGUCAAGACCUCGUUCCAGUGCCCGGCCAAGAACGGUUACUUCGCGGAUGUCGACAACGCCUGCCUCAUCUUCCACGUAUGCAACGUGGUGCCGAAAGAAGACGGCAGCACCGAGGUUCAGCAGUACAGCUUCCUGUGCGGCAACCAGACCGUGUUCAACCAGCUUAGUCUGACGUGCGCCUUCGCCGAGGAGGCCGUGCCGUGCCAGAAUGCUCCCGACUUCUUUUACGUGAACGACAACAUCGGCAACCCAACGGCCCCGUUCCUCACCGAAGCCGACGUGCAGAAGGCGGCUCCGCUCAUACCGGGCUUUGGAGAGGGUGGUGGCGCCGGCGCUCCACCGCCCGGCCGCAGGCCCUUCUAGGAAAGCUCGCACCCACCGUUUCCCUACCCCCACCGUGCCGUUGCACACAGUAUGGCUAUAGUAUUAGCUGGGUUCAGCUUCUCUGGGGCCACGACGGGCUAUUAAUCCUCGCCGCAAUAACAUUUUUUCACAACGGACUGCGACGGCCACACAUAAUCGCUUUUGGAGCCCGCGCUCGCUU